UUUGCCGCUGCUGUGUUAUCCUCCUCCAUCUUCCUUUGGGGUCUGCUGAAGUUCCCCCCACACACAACUAGUCUGGACAAAGUAUGGAGGCCAAACCCCAGGAGGUGGGACCCCUGAGCCUGCUGCCCCCGGCCGUCCGCCCGCAUGCGGUCCACUGAGAGCAUGGAGCCCGAGAAAGCUCACACCCAGAGCAGCUUCUUCAACAAGGUGGACGUACCCGACCACGCUCACUACAUCGUGGCCGCGUGCAUCCUGGUGAUCGGCACGCUGGGCGUUGCGGGCAACGCGUUGGUGAUGUUCGCGUUCUACAGCAACAAAAAGCUUCGUAACCUGCCCAACUACUUCAUCAUGAACCUGGCUGUCAGUGACUUCCUCAUGGCCUUCACGCAGUCGCCCAUCUUCUUCAUCAACUGCCUCUACAAAGAAUGGGUCUUUGGAGAAAUGGGCUGUAAGAUGUAUGCGUUCUGCGGCGCCUUGUUCGGCAUCACAUCCAUGAUAAACCUCCUCGCCAUCUCCAUCGACCGCUACCUGGUGAUCACCAAGCCGCUGCGGGCCAUCCAUUGGAGCUCCAAGCGAAGGACCACGCUGGCCAUCAUCACCGUCUGGCUGUACUCGCUGGCCUGGAGUCUGGCUCCUCUUGUGGGAUGGAGCUCUUACAUCCCCGAGGGCCUGAUGACAUCGUGCACAUGGGACUACGUCACGUACACGUUGGCCAACAGAAGCUACACCAUGAUGCUGUGCUGGUUUGUCUUCUUCAUCCCGCUCUUGAUCAUUUUCUACUGCUACCUCUUCAUGUUUCUUGCGGUCAGGAAAACUAGCAGGGAGGUCGAGAGACUGGGGACCCAAGUGAGGAAAUCCACGUUAAUCCAGCAGAAAUCCAUCAGGAGCGAGUGGAAGCUGGCCAAAAUCGCCUUUGUGGUCAUUGUGGUUUAUGUCCUCUCUUGGUCGCCGUACGCCUGCGUCACGCUGAUUUCCUGGUCUGGGCAUGCGAACAUCUUAUCGCCGUACUCCAAAGCUGUACCUGCAAUCAUCGCAAAAGCCUCCGCUAUCUACAACCCAUUCAUCUAUGCCAUCAUUCACAAUAAAUACAGGAUGACGCUGGCAGAAAAGUUUCCCUGCUUGUGGUUUCUGUCCCCCGUCCCUCGGAAGGAUUGCGCCUCCUCCUCCAUCAGCGAGUCCUCCUUCAGGGACUCUAUCAUCAGUCGCCAGUCCACAGCGUCCAGGACUCACUUUAUUAGCAGGUCCUCUAAACUCACUGACAGGGUACUGAGGGACGUGGAAAUGGAGCCUUUAGGCGGGAGGUCCGGUGAUUCCUUCCGGAGCGUGUCGUCCUACCACCAGCCCAGCAGGAGGCAAUCACAGCGGAGGACCACCCACAAAAUGGGCAAACAUCCAUGUACCGUGAGUGAUUCAUCCAGCAGCUGUGAGCAUGAACUGGUUUCUAGCACUCUCACCAGCGCCACUCUCCCCCUACUAGUUCUUACCAGGAGGCGGAGUUGCAGUCUGACCCUUAGGAACUCAGGGAGGGACGCCGUUCCCGGCCUCAAGAGCAACUCGGCCGACUCCCUUAGCGUUGGAAGCGUCCCAGCUGCCGAGUCGCAGACGCAACACGGAGUCCCUCGCAUUGUCAUCAUCAGCCCCACGUCUGAAAGCAGACUGGUGCAGCAGGACAGCCUCUGCCUGGACGAGGUGAUGGAGAACAAUGUUUUUGUCAGCCUCAACUUCUCAUCAGAGGUCUUGGAGGCGGUGGAGCUGCUAUCCUGACCUGUCCAUGGACUCGAUUUGACCCCAUAAAGCUCUUUUUCCCCUCCUCAUGUCACACACUUCAACACACCCCUACCCUUUCUCUAAAGACCUCUAUCCAAUCACAGACUCGAGCCUACUGCAGCUGACUUGGGCAACAUAGACUAUAUCCUAUGGCAUGAAACUCAGCUAUGUGAAUCAAAACUUCAAGCCCUGAUGAACCGUUUGAAUGUCUCAGAGAUUGUGAACUUCUAGUCGUCGCGAGGUGGCUCCGGGAUCCAUCCAUCCAUCCAUCUUCCUCCGCUUAUCCGAGGUCGGGUCGCGGGGGCAGCAGUUUAAGCAGGGAAGCCCAGACUUCCCUCUACCCAGCCACUUCGUCCAGCUCCUCCUGGGGGAUCCCGAGGCGUUCCCAGGCCAGCCUGGAGAGAUAGUCUUCCCAGCGUGUGUCCUGGGUCUUUCCCGUGGCCUCCUACCGGUCGGACGUGCCCGAAACACCUUCCUAGGGAGGCGUUCGGGUGGCAUCCUGACCAGAUGCCCGAACCACCUCAUCUGGCUCCUCUCGAUGUGGAGGAGCAGCGGCUUUACUUUGAGCUCCCCCCGAAUGACAGAGCUUCUCACCCUAUCUCUAAGGGAGAGCCCCGCCACUCGGCGGAGGAAACUCAUUUCGGCCGCUUGUACCCGUGAUCUUGUCCUUUCGGUCAUGACCCAAAGCUCAUGACCAUAGGUGAGGAUGGGAACGUAGAUCGACCGGUAAAUCGAGAGCUUUGCCUUCCGGCUCAGCUCCUUCUUCACCACAACGGAUCGAUACAGCGUCCGCAUUACUGAAGACGCCGCACCGAUCCGCCUGUUGAUUUCACGAUCCACUCUUCCCCCACUCGUGAACAAGACUCCGAGGUACUUGAACUCCUCCACUUGGGGCAAGAUCUCCUCCCCAACCCGGAGAUGGCACUCCACCCUUUUCCGGGAGAGAACCAUGGACUCGGACUUGGAGGUGCUGAUUCUAGUCGUCGCGAGGUGGCUCCGGGAUGUGUUAGGAAAAAGUGGCCCGUAUCUCUCGUCUGCAAAACCCCUUCAAACAUGAACAAGUCCACCCAGAUGUACCAAUGCCAUACCAUCCCUACUUCAAUUAUGAAGCCCUUUAAAAUUGAUCAACAAAACCUCAAAAGCUUCACAAUUUAGCGUCGACCAUUGGUCCAGUUCAUGCAAUUCGAAUUUGACAUCAAUGGGAUCAGCGUUCAAAGAGGAAUUUGUUAAAGUACGACCUGUACAAAUGUGAGACAAUUGCAGAGCGCCAGUGGCACGAAGCUGAUUUAUGUGAAGUGCUACAACUAGCAAUCAAAACCUCUAGCACCGAUGAACCGUUUGAAGUUCUCAUUAGAGCUCCUGGAAUGAAACUGUGAAUGUAUGAUUGACUCACUUCUGGUCGUCACUAGGUAGCGCUGGGAUGUAUUAGACAAAGUCUCUCUUCUGCAUAACACCUUCACUAUGCACAAAAAGUAUGGUUAAGGUCUGACCAUGUGAAGCAUGUGUUUUGUGUUUUUUGGCCACCCAGAUGUACCAAACCAUACCAUACCUUAUAAUACCAUACCAUUCCAUACCAUACCAUACCAUGCAAUGCCAUGCAAUGCCAUACCACCUUACCAUUCCAUACCAUACCAUAUAAUACCAUACCAUACCUUACAAUACCAUACCAUACCAUACCAUACCAACUUUAUGUACAAACCCCGUUUCCAUAUGAGUUGGGAAAUUGUGUUGGAUGUAAAUAUAAACGGAAUACAAUGAUUUGCAAAUCCUUCUCAACCCAUAUUCAAUUGAAUGCACUACAAAGACAAGAUAUUUGAAGUUCAAACUCAUA